AUGCAGAAGAGCUGGCGCAAGGCGUGCGGCGCGAUCAAGGACUCCACCACCGUCGGCCUCGCCAAGGUCAACAGCAGCCGCGACGAUCUGGACGUGGCCGUGGUGAAGGCCACCAGCCACGUCGAGCGGCCGCCCAAGGACCGCCACAUCGCCAGGAUCGUCGGCGCCCGCUCCUGCGCCGACGUCUCAUACUGCGUCCAGGCCCUCGCCAGGCGCCUGGCGAACACGAGCAACUGGGUGGUGGCGCUGAAGGCGCUGGUGGUGAUCCACAGAGCGCUCCGGGACGGCAGCAGCGGCGCGUUCGCGGAGGAGCUUCUGGGCCACGGGCGGCAGAGGGGCCAGACGCUGCAGAUGUCCAGCUUCAAGGACGACUCCAGCCACCUGGCCUGGGACUGCUCCGCGUGGGUGCGCACCUACGCGCUCUUCCUCGAGGAGCGGCUCGAAUGCCUCGCCGUGCUGCGCUACGACGUCGAGGCGGAGCGACUCAGGCCUCCGGCGCCGGCGGCGUCGGAGAGGGCGCCUCCCAAGGGGCAGAGCAGGACGAGGAGCCUGGGCAAGGACGAUCUCCUGGAGCAACUGCCCGCGCUUCAGCAGCUGCUCUUCCGGCUCGUCGGCUGCCAGCCUGAAGGAGCAGCAUUUGGGAAUUACCUCAUUCAGUACGCUUUGGCACUGGUGAUGAAGGAGAGCUUCAAGAUCUACUGUGCUGUCAAUGAUGGGAUCAUCAACCUCGUGGACGUGUUCUUCGACAUGAACAAACUCGAUGCUAUCAAAGCUCAAGACAUUUACAGAAGAACAGGAAAUCUGGCGAAUAGCCUGUCUGAAUUCUACGCCAUCUGUAGAGGUUUGGAGCUCGCCAGGAACUUCCAGUUUCCUGUUUUAAGAGAGCCGCCGCCAUCGUUUCUUGCGACGAUGGAAGAGUACAUCAGAGAAGCCCCCAGAACUAUGCAUGCUGUAAAUAAGACCAUCGAAUAUCGGCAGCUGGAUUUCGUCGCAGAACAGGAAGAACAGCCAACACCUCAGGCACCCAGCGAGGCCGCGUUCGAAGAACCUGCCGUGGAGGAACCGCUGCCGGAGCAAGUAGAAGAAGAACCCCAUCCUGUAGCUGAGGCUGCUGUUGAACCGGAACCUACCACGGCCACUUUCGAUUUUCUGGGUUUACACGAGGUGAGCUCUGCUGCCGCUGAGCUCGAGGAGAGCAAUGCGCUGGCCCUGGCCAUUAUAGCACCAGGUGGUAGGAGCAACGCAUCUCCUGGCGCUGCUUUUGACAUGGCUGGAUCUUCAGGCUGGGAGCUGGCGUUGGUCACGGCACAGACAGCCAGCAGCGGCAACCAAUUGACAGAGAUGAAGCUGGCCGGGGGUUUCGACGGCCUGCUGCUCGAAAGCCUAUACGAGGACGCGGCGUGGAGGCAGCAGCAACACCAGGCGACCUACACUACAGAUCCUCAUGGGGACCCGUUCGCCGCGUCGACAAGCAUCGCGCCGCCGACCGAUGUGCAGAUGUCGACGAUGGCACAUCAGCAGCAAGAGAUGUUUGGGAUGCCGUUUCAGCAGCCUCAGUCGUAUGCUGGUGCAACUUCUCAGUCCCAGGCCAAUCCUUUCGGUGACGCCUACUCUGCUAUGUUGCCGCAGGCCCAGGGCAACCCCUUCCAGGGCAGCUUGAUCUGAGUAUGUCUGAUAGAAGUACAAGUCGCAACUAGUAGCUGUGGUGUUGCAUGUUGGUAGUAGUACAUGAUGAUUGACUUUAUCCCAGAAACUAUCGCUAUGUACCUAGGUGGCUUUAUACACAUCAGCAAAGAUCAUCCAUGUAAACUUCCACAAUUAUAAUAUUCUCAUGAGAUUACAAGA